AGGACAGACAGGGCAAAGUGCACCCACACGCCACAACAACUAAGCCUCUGCUUUUUCUGUGCGCCGCUAGACGAAGCUUCCAGGCGUUCUUCUGUACUUCAAAAUGCAGUGGUUCAGUCCCGAUGCGGGCCUGGGACUGAGAUCCGUUGUUCUGCUGUGUUUGAUGGUCACACCUGCUUCUUCACAUCCCCAGUGCCUGGACUUUAAGCCCCCGUUUAAAGCGCACAAACAGCUCGAGUUUUGCGCCAUGUACAAGGAUUUUGGCUGCUGUGACUAUCACCGAGAUCAGCAGCUAAUGACAGAGUUCUACCGCAUCAUGAACAACUUCGAUUACUACGGACACGCAAACUGUGCGGGGUUUGUCAUGGAGCUACUCUGUCAGGAGUGCUCUCCUUACGCUGCUCAUCUCUUUGAUGCAGAAGAUCCAAGCACACCGCUCCGGAGCAUACCAGGCCUUUGUCCAGACUACUGUUUCAAAUUUUGGGACAGGUGCAAAGAAACCAUUCCUCUCCUAUCAGAGGACUCAUUUAUAUCCAAAAUCAAAGUUAACCGGACUGACUUCUGCCAGCACGUUGAACCAGAUGACAUGGACUACUGUUACCCCCACCUCCUCAGCAAUCAGAAUCUCAAUAUGAAUUUAGGCAAGGUACAGUCCAACUCUGAUGGUUGCCUCCAGCUUUGUCUGAAAGAAGUGGCUAACGGUCUGCGAAACCCUCUAGCGAUGGUGCACGCCAAUGAUGGCACACAUCGUUUCUUUGUGGCAGAGCAGGUGGGCUUGGUUUGGACCUAUCUUCCUGAUUAUUCAAGGCUUCAGAAGCCAUUUUUGAACAUUUCUAAAGUGGUUUUAACGUCAUCGUGGGAAGGUGAUGAAAGAGGCUUUCUGGGACUUGCCUUUCACCCCAAGUAUAAGUACAACGGUAAGUUGUACGUAUAUUACUCUGUGGAAGUGGGCUUUGAUGAGAGGAUCAGGAUAAGCCAGUUCCACGUGUCGACCAAUGACAUGAACAUGGUGGAUCACACUUCAGAAAGGGUUAUUCUGGAGAUUGACGAACCGGCAUCGAACCAUAAUGGAGGUCAACUUCUCUUUGCAGAGGACGGUUACUUGUACAUUUUCACUGGUGAUGGUGGGAUGGCAGGUGACCCAUUUGGGAAAUAUGGGAAUGCUCAGAACAAGUCAGCUCUCUUAGGCAAAGUUCUCCGCAUUGACGUGGAUGACAAUGAAAAGGGUCCACUGUACAGAAUUCCACCAGAUAAUCCCUUCAUCCAUGAGCAAGGAGUUCGACCUGAAGUUUAUGCCUUUGGUGUUCGCAACAUGUGGCGAUGCUCGGUGGACCGAGGUGACCCCGCAACCAAAGAGGGACAGGGACGCAUCUUCUGUGGUGAUGUUGGCCAGAAUAAGUUUGAAGAGGUGGACAUAAUUGAAAAGGGCCGGAACUACGGAUGGAGAGCAAAAGAAGGCUUUUCCUGCUUUGACAAGAAGAUGUGUUCCAACAGUUCACUAGAUGACGUCCUCCCCAUUUAUGCAUACCCACACAAGGUUGGCAAAUCAGUGACUGGUGGUUAUGUGUACCGAGGCUGUGAAUACCCCAACCUUAACGGCAUGUACAUAUUUGGAGACUUCAUGAGUGGGCGAUUGAUGAGUCUGCAUGAGGACAAGAACACGGGGCAGUGGAGAUACAACGAAAUCUGCAUGGGCGUGGGCAUGACCUGUGCUUUUCCUGGACUCAUCAACAACUAUCAGCAGUACAUCAUUUCCUUUGGUGAAGACGAAGCUGGCGAACUGUAUUUCCUGUCAACUGGAAUACCGAGUGCAACAUCACCAUCAGGAGUUGUCUAUAAAGUGGUGGAUCCCUCCAGACGUGCUCCACCAAGACACUGUCACUAUGAUCCUCUCCCUGUAAAGGUCAAAUGUCAACUGGUUCCUUUUGUUCCUCAGGAAACACCGCUUGAUGUUGAGCCCUUGAGCAAAAUCGUGCCUGAGCCAGAACCUACCGAAUCACAUGAUUGGCUCCAAGAGCUACUUGACCUUCUAGAACCAAGACCAAAUUUGCCAUUGCCUUCCACCACCACCAAACCGCCCAGACAUUCACAUAGGUCAAAAGGUCGACAAAAGAAGAAAGGCAGAGCAAAGGGUACAACAGAGCUCCAGAGUGGGAUGGUCAGACUGGUUGGGGAUAAACAUGGCCCCAAUGAUCGUGGACGGGUGGAGAUUUAUGUAAAUGAGGAGUGGGGAACGGUGUGUGACGACUUUUGGACUAUCGAAAACGCCCAGGUGGUUUGCCGGCAGCUGGGAUUUCAGUAUGCCCUGAAAGCAGCUAAAAACUCUGAGUUUGGAGAAGGGAAGGAUCUUCCGAUUCUACUUGAUGAUGUUCAGUGUAAAGGCACCGAGUCCAGCCUGCUCGAGUGCCAACACGCCAGGGUUGGGUCACAUAACUGUUUCCACUCUGAAGAUGCUGGCGUGAUCUGUGGCAGAUCUGAAUUUGUAGUAGAAGUCUAGUACGUGUGCGUUCUAUCACGUCAGAUGUGUUUUAUUGACAUUACGAUUUGGAGCUUAAAAAACUGACCUGAUACACAAGCACACAUACACAUACAUUUCCUGUCCACUAGGAGGCAGCACCACCUGUGAAUGCAUAUAUACUUGUAAAUUCAAUAGUAAAAUGUUCACAUAUGACACAGGAGAACUAAAAUCAAUCUUGUUGUUGAGAAGCUUUGGAUUCUUUUCAUUUACUGGAAAUACUCGUGAAAUAAAAAUGAUGCAAAAAA